UCACGUCGCGUCGCGUCACCCGCCUCCUUAGCAUAACCCCCAGGAUGCAUUGCGCGACCACCAGAGUCAACAGGAAUGUUGUUGAGUUAAUGGCGUCCACAAAGAAAUGCGAGUAAAGGAAACAACAUCUUAAUGGUCCGUUUGGGCUGUAAAGUCGUAUGUCUCCGAAGCCAUCUUGGUGAUUUUCUUGCAGUGGUUGGAACAGACUGGGAUAUGUAUAACUACCAGAAGAAAAAGACAGGAUUUUUACAGCUGGAUGUUUGACAUGGAUGGCAUCUCUACAAAUUAAAGCAAUUCACUCGUCAACAAUUCAGGCUGCUAACCUUUCAACUGACCCAAAGGGUCUCAUCUCAAAACAUCACCUAUCCAUAUUCUCCAGGGACACUGCCUGACCUACUCCAGCACUUUGUAUCUUCUUCCAACCUUCCUCCAGAACUGGUCUCACUUUUCCAGCCUAAUGCAAGGGUACCAUCCUGAAACUAUAACACUUUAUCUCACCAUUGCUGUGCUCUGACACAGUAUCUUCAGCAGUUACUGUCUAUACAGUACAGCCUCUAUUAUGGAACUCUUUAUAAGUUUUCAGCUAUAACAGACCAAAUCGGUCGUAGACCAAGUUCAUUGUCUCAUGGAAUGGCCGCUAAGUGGUUGGAGAAAAUCUUGUCUCAGUCUGUGUUUCCCGCCACUCAGUGUCAGAGCAUUGUUGUGCACUCACCCUGUUUACAGUGUUUAGUCACUUUUUGCUUUAAAUUAUCAUCGCGGUGAUUGACCAUGGCUUCCAGAGAGAACGGUGGCGUAAAAAGAAAGCGUGUUAGCCUAAGUGUUAACCAGAAACUAGAACUAAUAAAGAAGUUAGAGGCUGGUGCUACGGUAGCGCAUGUAUGUGAAGAAUAUGGUGUGAAAAAACAAACUGUGUCAGACAUACGAAAAGCAAAGGACAAGCUUACUGCAUUUUCACUAAAGUUCGGAGUACCUUCCACAUCUAAAACUUCCUCUGUUGGUGGAAGGAAGCACAUGAGAGUUGCACAAGAUAAAGAUCUUGAGGAAGCAGUCUACACGUGGAUCAUGCAAGAACGUUCCUGUGGUGUAAACGUCCGAGGUUCGGAAAUCCAAAAUGCAGCAGCCAAACUAGCCAAGCAUAUGGGAGUGGAGAAGUUUCAAGCUACUGCUGGGUGGCUAUGGCGAUUUAGAAAUCGCCAUGGCAUGGUUAAAACGGUUAUUCAUAGUGAAGCUGCCAGUGCACCAACAGAAGUAGUGGAAACUUUCAGGACGGGGCUGAAUGAUGUAAUCAAGAAGGAAGGUUUUCUACAUUCCCAAGUGUAUAAUGCAGUUGAAACGUGUCUGUUUUGGCGGUCACUCCCUCGCAAUACCCGAGCAUUUAAAAGUGAAACUGCCCUACAUGGCCACAAAUUGAACAAAGAAAGAUUCUCAGUGUUGUGUUGUGCAAAUGCAGAUGGUAUGCAUCGUCUACAAUUAGCUGUUGUGGGGAGAUCAGCACGCCCACGGGACUUAGAAGACAUAAUGCGCCAGCUGCCAGUGCAUUAUUACAACUCCAAGAAAGCUUGGUUUAAUUUGCACAUUUUUAGUAAUUGGUUUUUCACUCAUUUCAUUCCUGCUGUGCGUAAGUAUCAGGAAGAUGUCCUCAAACUUCCUGCAGAUGAAGUUAAGGCGCUACUGAUUUUGGAUAACACGCCUGCUCACCCUAAUGUUUACAAGGCUGUCAGUAAUGAUGGGAAAAUUAGGUGCAUGUACCUGCCACCUGAUACAUUGCUGAUCCAGCCAAUGGAUCAGGGUGUAGUUGUGGCUUGCAAAAGACUAUACCAGUGGUGGUAUUUACAUGAAGUUCUCGGGGUCAUAAAAGAGGAGGAAGAUUUUGUUGAUGAUACCCGAGGGAUACCAAGACUCACUAACAUCAAGAAUUACAAUCUGAAAUCAGCAAUAUUCAACUUAGCAGCAUCGUGGAAGGCUAUGAAAAUUACAACACUAGCUAAUGCAUGGAAAAAGCUUCUGUAUAAUGUGGAUGCAGAAUAUGACUUUGAAGGGUUAGAAGUCAGGGAUUUUCAUUGUAUCCUUCAAAGGGCAGGAGAGACUGAAGUUACAGAAGAUGAUGUUAGCACCUGGCUAGAAGACACAGAGGGUGAUCCUGGGUACAAAGUUUUGCCAGAAGAUGAAAUAGUGAAUGAAGUUCUCAUUGGCGAUAACAGAGAUAACAGUGAUGAUGAUGAUAAAAAAACAGUGGAUAAUAAACCAAAACUCUCUACUGUACGAGAUUCAAUUGAUACGAUUAUCUCCUACAUUGAUUUGUCAUCACAACCUGAUGUGCAGCCUUAUUAUGAACAUUUUAAAGCAUUCAGAGAGAUUAUUGUAAAGAAGCAGCAUCAGCAGGGUAAACAAAUGAAACGUGACAAUGAAACUGUUGCUUAAGCUGUUGACCCUAUCCCUCCUCUUUUACCACAGCCUUCUUACAAGUGUGUGGGGUCACAGCUAGUGGGUGGGUACAAUGUUACAAGUUUAUUCACAAUGUUUAAAGUUUAUCUACAAUGUUUAAAGUUUAUUCACAAUAUUUACAGUUUAGCAUGGAAGCCCACCAAGUCCGCACCACCCAAAGAUUGCCCGUACAUUAGUUAUUUCCUAUAAACCUACACGUCUUUGGAAAGUGGGAGGAAACCAGAGGAAACCCACGUGUCCACAGGGAGAAUGUGCAAACUCCCCACAGACAGGACCCGAGGUCAGGAUUGUACUUGGUUCUCUGGGGCUGUAAGGCCACAACUCGUAACACUGCGCCAUUGUGAGGGGAGGAGGGGUAGUACAUAGCCUGGCAAGUGACAAGUGGAUGGGGGGGGGUUGAUAUGCAGAUGGUUGGGCACAGGUCAGAGAUGAACAGACAUAAGGUGUGUGUUAAAGAAGGAAAAAAGUGAGAAUUGUGGAACCAAUCAAAUAAAUAUAGGUGGAAGGGGAAGGAGAAAUGGGUGUGAAUCCAGGUGUGGCAUAGAAAAGAUGGUUGUAGGUUAGUUACCUAAAAAUGGACAAUUCAAUGUUCAUACUGUUAGGUUGUAAGCUACCCAAGUGGGAUGUGGUGCCCUCGUCAGAGCGCAUGUCUGAUCUCUACCUGCCCUUACCCCUAUUGGGUUUUCUCCAUCUCCCCAACAUCCUCCUCUCGAAGGCAGAAUGGUUAGUCCUCAGCAGAUACUUUUUCUUUGUACUCUUGAGCACACACCUCAAGUUCGGAGCCUGUCGUGAGUUGAGUUCUUCCGUUGCCUCUCUCUACAGGUUAUUUCCUCUGUCAAGGAGUACUCGCUGCUUGGUGACCACCUUCUCUCAUCACCAACAUCCCUCCUCCUCAUGGACUCUUCCCCCCACCCCCCCAGUAAUCCACCCUCCUUGGAACUUUUUUAUUUACAUAUGCCGGCACGACAUAAACUGUCUGGACUUCUCCACUCCACUUAUCUCCUCCAAUCUCACCUCUGAACGCACACUUGUAUGCUUACUCAGUAGCAAUCUAAACAUUAUUAUUAAACGCGCCAAUGAAAGGGGUGCCAUUGUAGACGGGCGAGCUGACCUCUACCGUGCUGAUGCCAGGCUCCACCUCCUCAUGCCUCGCUCCUUGGCCAUGACCCCACAGAUGAACACCAGGCCAUCAUUUUCCAGAAAGCUACCAAUCUGACGAUAUUCCCUCCACUGCUUCCAAUCUAAUCAUGACCCACCUUCUCACUGCCCACUCUUAUCUCCUUCACAAAAUCCAUAAACUGGACUCUCCUGUCAGACCCAUAGUUUUGGCAUGCUCCUGCCCCAUUGAUCUUAUCUCCAAAUACCUUUAUUCCAUCCUAUUUCCCCCCUAGGCCAGUUUAUUCCAACCUACAUCCGAGAAAACCUCACAUGCCUUUCAAUCCUUCAAUAACUUUCCAUUUCUAGGCCCCCUCAGUUUCAUCUUUACCAUGGACAUCCAGUCCCUUUACACCAUCUCCCCCCUGUUGGGAAGGUCUUGAUGCUCUCUGGUUCUUCUUUGAACAGAGACCCAAUCAGCUUCUCCCAAUCGACACUCUGCCUGGUGGAACAUGGUCUCACCCUCAAAAACAUCAGACUCCUCUCACUUUCUUCAAAUUACAGGUGUAGCCUCACACGGGGCACAACUUUGCCUGCAUUUUGUUGGUGACAUCAAUCAAUCCUUAGUCUAAACGUACACUGGCACCAUCUCCCAAAUCCUUCUCUGCUUCCUUGACGACCGAUUUGUGGCUGCUUCCUGCAGCUGUGCAGAACACGUUGCUUUCAUUAACUUUACCACUAACUUCCACCCUGCCCUCAAAUUCAUUUGGACCAUCUCUGACACCUCGCUGUCCUUUCUUGAUCUCCCAGUCAACAUCACAGGACAGGCUAGCAACUGACAUCUAUUGCAUACCCAUCGAGUCAGUAUUCCUCCCAACCUGCCUCUUGCAAAGAAGCGAUCCCCUACUUUCAAUUUCUCCGUGUCCACUGAGAUGCUCCCUAGAUGAGGCUUUCAUUUCUAGGGCAUCCAAGGUGUCCCCUUUCUUUAGUAAGCGUAUUUUCCCCAUUUCUGUCUCAGAUGGGAUCCCACACCCACGUCUCCUCUUAGUCCCGUAGUUCUGGUCUCGCUCCUCCUCCCCUGAGACGGAGCAAGGAUAGAGUUUCCCUGAUCCUUGCCAUUCACCCCACCAGCCUCUGCACCCAACUCUUCAUUCUCCAACAUUUCUGCCACCUUUAAUGUGAUCCCACCCUCUCCCCAGAUAUUUUCCCCAACAACUGUUCGAGAUGUCACACCUAUCCAUAUACUUCCUCCCUCGUAUCCAGCCAGGGGCCCAAGAAGUCCUUCCAGGUGAGGCAGAGGGUCAGGUGCACCUUCUCUAAUCCUCGCCUGUGUUUCCGAUGUGGCCUCCUUUACAUCAGCAAAACUAAGCUGAGACUCGGCAGCCAUUUCACCGAACAUGCUAGACCUACCCAAGACCUACUGGAACUCCCAGAUGCUAUCCAUUUUAACUCCCCUUGCCAUUCCCAUACUGACCUUUCUUCCUGGAUCUCCUGCAUUGCCAGACUGUUCCUUGUGUCUGGAGCAUUUAUGUGUUUUUUCUAGCAUCUUCACAUUCUCGCUUUAACCUAUCCACCUGUUCCGCUACUUUUAAAGGUUUCCUCAAAUAUGUAACCCCCUUCUCUAUUAAUGUUAUGCCUGUACAAUUUUACCCGUAAAAUUACAUUGCUAUUGUGUGUUUAAUCAAAUGUAAACUAUGCAAUCAUUUUGCAGAAGACCUGUGCCUUAUCCACAGUCCAAGCUUGUGUUUGAAUGUCUUUUUAACACACCAUCUCUUUCGCACCAGGGUCUCAUCCAUACCCCGCAACACUGCUCUCUCUCCCCAUUCCCACACUCGCAACAAGGGCAGAGUCCCCCUAGUCCUCACCUUUCACCCCACCAGCCGGCAAAAACAACAAAUAAUCCUCCGCCGUUUCCGCCACCUCCAACGUGACCCCACCACUCGCCACAUCUUCCCAUCUCUCCCCAUGUCUGCCUUCCGCAAAGACCGCUCCCUCCGCAACUCCCUUGUCAAUUCUUCCCUUCCCUCCCGUACCACCCCCUCCCCGGGCACUUUCCGUUGCAACCGCAAGAAAUGCAACACCUGUCCCUUCACCUCCCCCCUCGACUCCAUUCAAGGACCCAAGCAGUCGUUCCAGGUGCGACAAAGGUUCACCUUUAGAUGUCAGCUGAUUUACAUCGGGGCGACUAAGCAGAGGUUGGGUGAUCGUUUUGCCGAACACCUCCGCUCAGUCCGCAAUAACCUACCUGAACUCCCGGUGGCUCAGCACUUCAACUCCCCCUCCCAUUGCCAAUCCGACUUCUCUGUCCUGGGUCUCCUCCAUUGCCAGAGUGAGCAACACCGGAAAUUGGAGGAACAGCACCUCAUAUUCCGCUUGGGUUGCUUGCGUCCGGAUGGCAUGAGCGUUGAAUUCUCCUAGUUUUGCUAGCCCCUUGCUGUCUCCUCCCCUUCCUUAACCCUCGAGCUGUCUCCUCCCAUCCCCCCCGCCCUCGGGCUCCUCCUCCUCCCUUUUUCCUUCCUUCUCCCCCCACCCCCCAUCAGUCUGAAGAAGGGUUUCAGCCCGAAACGUCGCCUAUUUCCUUCGCUCCAUAGAUGCUGCUGCACUCGCUGAGUUUCUCCAGCAUUUUUGUGUACCUUCGAUCUUCCAGCAUCUGCAGUUCCUUCUUGAACACCUGAUCUCUUUCCCAACUGUCCGUUCUUGGUCUUUUCCAUUGCUGGAGAGGCCACACACAAUUUGGAUGAACGACAUUUCAUAUUCUGUUUGUGGUGCUUACAACUCAAUGGUAUGAAUAUUGAAUUUUCCAUUUUCAGGUCACACACACACACACACUCAUCUGUCCACUGUUUUCCUCUCCCUUUGUUCUUCACUUCCAAUUCCUCCUCCAUCUGUUUCCUUCUGCCCACUAUUCCUCCCCAUCUGGCUCCACUUAUCACUUAUGCUUCUACACAACCUCCUCCAUCUGGUUCCAUUUGCCCAUUACCUCUCCCCAUCUUGUUUCACCAACCCGCCUCCAACCCACCCCGUACAUAUUGUUUUGUACUGUCCUGUUACUCACAUUCAUUAUCACGUGGUACUUCAAUAAGAGGCUCAUCAUAGCACACAUCAACACCAAGGUGCCGCAGCUAUACCCCAUCAUCCACCGAGCCUGGCCCCUGCUCAUCCCCGAGAACCAUAGAGGAGGGUGGAGGGAGUCGGCGGCAACGGAUCCAAGACAGGAAGCUGUACGGCGGCAGGACAAUGGUUCACAGUCCGAUCUGGAUUGAGGCAAUAGCUGAAGGCUCUGCAGUGGCCUGGGACUCGACUAGAUUGGUUGCCAUUCCAGGAGACAGAGCACGCAGAGCAGACACAGCCUGCAGCAACACUGCAGUGGAGCAGCAGUGAAGGACACCUACAACUGCACCUUGCCAGGCCGACCCGGCAACAGGCCCAGGACAACGGGCCUUUAUAACCAGCUGCACUUAAAGCAACUUGGACUUUGAAAAUGGCACCAAAACCUUGCGACUCGUAUAAGAUCUCAGUGGACUAUUUCUAUACACUUUGUACUUAUCUGGGAUUGUGCAUAUAUAUAUAGUUAUAAUUUUCUGAACUGUUGCAAACAAAAAUCACUCUACCUUGGUACAUGUGAUAAUAAAGAACCAUUGAACCCAGCCUCACAGACAGCCUUGGUCCUCUACCUCUUGUCCUUUACCUACUACAGGCACCAUCUCCUAACCUAAUAUCUAGAUAGCAAGGCCAUCAGGCUCUCAUUUAUUGACUAUGGCU